ACAUACAGAUUGAAGCCAAUGAUAAAAACUGAGCAUAGAAAACUAAAACUGGACCAGAACAAACAGAAAAGGAUCCUUACUCAGGAUGAGGUUCAUCUGUGUUCUUUGGUUCUGGACAUUUAUAUCAGAAUUCAAGACUUCAACUACUGAUGAAGUUUCUACACAAGGAUACAAAGGAAGAAACAUUACAAUUACUUGUUCCCACAAGUGGGCUUCAGACAAUAUAAAGUAUUUCUGCAGAGAUCCGUGUAAAGACACGGAGGUUUUAGUAAAGUCUGACCAGUCACCUAAAGGGAGAUACACACUGAAGAACACUGGCCAUGGAGUCUUCACUGUGACCAUCACUGAUCUACAAAAGUCAGACUCUGGGGUUUACUGGUGUGGAGUGGAGAGAGUUGGUCUGGACACAUUUAAUCAAGUCACACUGACAGUAUCUGAAGGUUUUGCCAAUGCAUCUGGUCCUGAUGAUAUACUAACAGGCAAGUAA